AUGGUUAGUCACGGCAGCAACAGCGGCGGCGGCGGCAGUGGUGGAUCGAAGGAAGGAAAAGGAAAUCGGCAUGGGGUAUUGACGGUUGGGAUGAAAAAGGGUCCUUGGACGACGACGGAAGAUGGGAUCUUGAUUGAGUAUGUUAAUAAGUACGGCGAAGGAAAUUGGAACGCCGUUCAACGUAAUUCAUGUUUACAAAGAUGUGGAAAAAGCUGCCGUCUCCGGUGGGCAAAUCAUCUCCGGCCAAAUCUCAAAAAAGGCGCAUUCUCCCCUGAUGAAGAACUUCUCAUUCUUGAACUUCAUUCCAAGCUUGGUAACAAAUGGGCUCGCAUGGCUUCUCAGCUUCCGGGUAGAACAGAUAACGAGAUAAAGAAUUACUGGAAUACUCGGGUAAAAAGAUUGCAACGAGCAGGAAUGCCAAUUUACCCCGAGGAAAUUCCGAGGCAAAUCCAUGCACAUCAACAACAUUUUGUAGGCCAAACUCAAAAUUCAUCGCCAAAUUCCGCAUUCUCAUUACUAUUAUCUGGGAAUCAAAAUGUAGAGCCUGAAUUCGGGAUCAACCCUAAUUCCCUCCCUGCCACCUUUUUCUCCUCUAAUGAUUUCCAUCAAACCAUGGCUAAUAAUAACGUCCCAUUUCAUAAUCCUCAAUUCAAUAUCUUUCAUGAUGAAGAUCCAAACGUUAUGCCAUCGGAUUUACCCUAUACCCAUCAAGGCAUUCAUCAAAGUCAUGAUGAUCAUAAUCUGUCAACUGAUUCAUUUCAGUUCAAUUUCCAUGAUAUGGAUAAUCAUGAAAAUUCAAUUGGUCCAUUGUUAAGAAACUUAACAGAGCUUCCUUCAAUCCAAUCCCCUGUAGGUUUGACACCAGUUUCAUCGAGCUCAGCUGGUGCUGGAGAUCUAUUGACAGGAACGGCAUCAUCUUGUGAUCAUUAUAAUGGUGAUCAUCAUGAACAUUACUAUUUUGUUGCACCAGCUGAUCAUGUGGGAAACAGUGGAUUAUUGGAUGCUUUGUUUGAUAAUUCAAAAGGGUUGUUAAGUAAAGGUGAUGAUGAUCAGAUGAUCAAGUCAUCAUCUGGUCAUGAUUAUAUUCAAGGGAAGGUGAUUGAUCAUCAGAUUGCUGAUGAUCAAGAUCAAGCUGCAUUCAAUUAUGAUCCAAGUCCGGCUCAAUCAUCUAUAGGUUUGAAUGCGGAAGAUCCAUUGGAAGAAAUCAAUCCAAUUGACGACGAUUUGUCGAGCUUGCUUAACAACUUUCCCUUAACAGUACCGGUUCCUGAUUGGUACGAUGGUCCAAGAAAAUCAAAUAAGCAAUUUUCCAAUGUAAGCGACACGAGUUCUGGCACAAUUCCUCAAGAGUUAGCGUCAAAUAUUGCUCCUGUUGUGACGAAAACACAGACGACGCCAGAAGACGAUAAUUGGAGCGGGUUGAACCCUUGUUGUUGGAACAACAUGCCUGGAAUAUGCUGA